CCGCCAGGGCGCCUCACUGCCCGGGAAUGCGCCCCGGGCGGCCGUGGGUGGUUAUAACCAGACGGGGAACCGGGAGCGGGGAGGCGGCGGCGGCGGCGGCGGACGGUGCGGGGCCCCGACUCUGCGCUGAGCCCGGAGCCGCUCCGCACCCCCUCCGACCUGGGGGCGCGCAGUGACCAUGGCGAGGACAGGACCGCCCUGGACGUGGAUGGUCGGCGCCCUGCUCACCGCCCUCCUCCUGCGGGUGACAGAGCCUGUUCUUGCAAAUGAUGGUGCCUCCUGCAGCAACGCCCCUGCCUCCGGGGCAUCUGGGGGCAGCCGGGACCUGGCAGCCGGGACCAGGGAGGGCAGCCGGGACCUGGCAGCUGGGACCAGGGAGGGCAGCCGGGACCUCGGACCCGGGACCAGGGAGGGCAGCCGGGAAAACAGCGACCGCAUCGUCAACGGGACAGACUGCGAGGAGCACGCCCAGCCGUGGCAGGCCGCGCUGCUGCUGAGACCCAACCAGCUCUACUGCGGGGCGGUGCUGGUGGCCCCGCAGUGGCUCCUCACGGCCGCCCACUGCCACAAGAAGAUUUUCCGAAUCCGCCUGGGCCACCGCUCCAUGUCGCCGGUGUAUGAGCAAGGGCAGCAGCUGUUCCGAGGGGUCAAGUCCAUCCCCCACCCCGGCUUCUCCCGCCCCGGCCACACCAACGACCUGAUGCUCAUCAAGCUGAACCGGAAAAUCAUGGAGUCGCCGAACGUCAGGCCCAUCAACAUCUCCUCCCACUGCCCGGCCGUGGGCACCAGCUGCUUGGUGUCUGGCUGGGGGACAACCAGCAGCCCCCAAGUGAACUUCCCCAAGACCCUCCAGUGCCUGAACAUCACCGUGCUGAACCACGAGAGGUGCAAGCAGGCCUACCCGAACCAGAUCGACAACACCAUGUUCUGUGCCGGCGACGAGGCGGGCAGAGACUCCUGCCAGGGUGACUCCGGGGGCCCCGUGGUCUGCAACGGCACCCUGCAGGGCCUGGUGUCCUGGGGCGACUUCCCCUGCGCGCAGCCCGACAAGCCCGGCGUCUACACCAACCUCUGCAUGUUCACCAAGUGGAUCCGGGACACCAUCCGCGCCAACUCCUGAGGCCGCCCAGGCCCCCGGCACGACCUCACGCUCCUUCCAGACCCCCCAACCCCUCCCCCAUCCUUCCCCGAGGACGUAGAGGAUGUGACCUCCAGCCCCCCAAGUCUCCAGGGCCUCCCUUCCCCAACCAGGGACUGACCCCAGCUCUGCAGCUGGCUCCCAGGGGGGGGCCUGCAAAGGCCAGAAAUAAAGCGUCCAAGGAGAA